AAGAAGACGAAAUGAUGUUCCGAAUGAAUUCCGAAAGUACUGGCGGGAACUGUUUCAUAACAAUUUUUUGACGCGGUUUGUAGAGGAAAAUUACACAAACAACAUGCCAACCUCUAGGAAUUUUUCAAUGAAGAAAAGAAAAGCUGCAACAUUAUCUCCUCCGGUCGUUACGUCAAAGCGGAGCAAGACAGAAGAAGAUACCAUGAAACCAAAGAAGCUUGAACCAAAAGAUUAUAGAAAGAGACUUGUUCCUAGAACUAAUACAAUUUUGGAUGUGAAAACAGAAGAGAAAAUCUCGGUGAAGGAAGAAAAUAUUUGUGAGAUUCCAGCUCCGUUAGCUGUCCAUGCUGGUGAAAAUGGCAUUGAUAAUGGAGUUAGCAGUUAUGAACAACUUCGACUGAAGAAUCUUCAAGAUAAUGCUGACUUUUUUGCCAAAUUGGGUAUUUCAGAGAUGAAAACAGAGAUAAAACAGUCAACGAAGCCCUCUAAAACAACUCAGCUCAAAUCUAAGCCAGUAAAUAAGGAAAAGACAAAAGCUCCACCAGAGCCAAGAAGGGCCAGUUUAAGAAUAGCUAAAAUGGAUCCUGAUGGUGCUCCUUUGCCGGAGGAUUUUUUUAAGCAACCGUUUGAACCUGUGGAAGAACAUUUCAAAGUACGGAGACAUGGCAUAAAGACAAAAAUAUUGCCACUUGAGAAAACAAUAGAGAGUAAAGAAGAGAAAAUUAAUUAUUUUGAUAGGCCAAGAAAACCAUCAGGACCUUUAGAGAUGGCAGAAUAUCUUGGAUUUAACAGUUCUGAUUCUGAACAUGAGGACUUGCUCUCAAAAAUGAAAGGUUGCUUUAAAUGUAAGAUAGAGAAAUCAACAGAGGACAAAACAUCAUUUGAUAGUUAUGUGAAGAACUUAAGUAAGCUGAAGAUUAACAUGGAACGAGUGGCUAAGGUUGUACCUAACAGAGUAUUCUCUCUUGAUAUCCAUCCAACCAACACCAAACUAAUAACAGCAGCUGGUGACAAGUGGGGUUUCUUAGGACUCUGGGAUGUGACAGCAGGAAGAGAGUUCCAGACAGAUGGAGUUGUUGUGUAUGCACCACAUUCUCGACCAAUCAAUUGUCUCAAAUUCUCAUUACAUAAAUCAAAUCAGUUGUACUCCUGUAGUUAUGAUGGAACAGUUAGAUGUUGUGAUCUACAAAAAGGGGUCUUUGAUGAGAUUUAUUCCACACCUGAUGAGGUGCUGUUGAAGAGUUUUGACUUUAUGACGGCAGAAACAUUACUAGUGGCUCAACAAGAUGGCUGUAUUGCUUUGGUAGACACCAGGACUUCUAGAAGCACUGCAGAAAACUUGUACCAAUUGCACCAGAAAUCUCUACGUUCUGUCAGUGUACAUCCUGUCCAGGAUAACAUAUUUUGUACCAGUAGUACAGACACCACUGUUUGUAUAUGGGAUUUGAGGAAGCUGAAAGAAAAAGGAAAAAGUCAAUCUUUAGAUGAAUUAAGUCAUGAUAAAUCAAUAAACAGUGCUUACUUCUCACCAGUGACAGGAAAGUACAUCUUAUCAACAUCGCUGGACGACAGAAUUAGAAUAUUUAACAGUGAAAAUCUGUCUGGUUGUAAGAAAGAACACAGCAUUGUACAUGAUAAUCAUACAGGCAGAUGGCUGACAGGUUUUAGAGCUAAUUGGCACCCUACAAGAGAAGACCUGUUCACUGUGGGCAGCAUGUCAAGACCAAGACAGAUUGAUGUGUAUGGUGUAAACGGCAGAAAGGUGUUAGCAAUGAAAGAUGAAGAAUACCUUGGAUCCGUAUGUUCAUUAACUGUUCUUGGACGUAACCAGGACGUUAUGGUUGGAGCAAACUCCAGCGGAAAGUUACAUGUAUUUAAAUAAAGAAGAUAGCAUGUUUAAUUACACGGGUUAAUUGUUUUUUUUAAUAUACACAAGUUAUAUUUUUACAAGUUCUACAAUCUGUUUAAUACAAAAUGCAUAUUCCUGAAUAUGAUCUGAAGUUUUGAUUUUUUUAACAGAAAAAAUAUCAACUUGUUUAACAAACUGGUUUACUGCUUCAAAAAAAUUCUGAUGGGAACCAGUUAAUUUGAUAUAAUGUGUAAUCUAAAUGUAGCAGUUUUUAUGCCCCAUUUAUGGCCAUUAUGUUUUCUGGUCUGUGCCUUCAUCUGUCUGUUUGUUCGUCUGUUUGUUUGUUCGUCCGUCGGGUCUGUUCGUCCCGCUUCAGAUUAAAGUUUUGGUUAAAGUUUUUGGUCGAGGUAGUUUUUGAUGAAGUUUAAGUCCAAUCAACUUAAAACUUAGUACACAUGUUCCCUAUGAUAUGAUUUUUCCAAUUUUUUAAUGCCAAAUUAGAGUUUUUCACAGUCCACUGAACAAAGAAAAUGAUAGUGCAGAUGGCACAUCUGU